CAGCUUCCUGACCCUCGGCAUUGAAUCAGACUUCUGCGAUCACGACAUGUACGCGCAUUUGCGAACUAGAUACAGUUAACGAUGAUGGACAGCAUUAUCCACCCUUUUAGUACCGUUGCAGUAUAAGCCGUUAUUUUGUGACAUAUACAUAUGUAAAUAAAUACGUUUCGUUAUUCUGUACCUCAGGUUUUUAAUAAUAAAAUCCCAACAGGCAGUUCCUCGGGCACCACAUUAAGGCGCGCGCUGAGAUUCUAAACCAUGAUUGGCGCGCAUUCCCGGGACCAUUUGAAUCGCGAAAACGGAACUGUUUACAUUCGGUGAGGUAUUGGUGGUCGUGUCACCAUGUCUCAAUGCAGUGGAUUUGAAGACGUUAUGAAAACAGGAGAGUCGAUGAUCCAACUAAUAAAGAGCAGCAAGGCCGUGGAUACAUUACAAAUGUUGAGAGAGAAGCAGAAGUCAUUCUUUGAUCGACACUUGGAAACAAAGAAAAUAAUCACACAGUUGUUAAACGAUCUAGUUCAGUGUGAGGAAAAGGUGGGACAGAAGCUGCUGGAUGUGGAGGUGCAGAAGAGCCAGGCAGAGAGGGAACUGGUCAGUCUUGAGCAGGAAUUGCAGCAGUGUAUAGCCAGGAGCCAGACCAUGGACUCAGAACUACAGUUCCUGCAGGGUGAGCUGGAGAGUCUGCGUGACUCGGAGCAGGAGUUGCAGACCCUGCAGCAAGAGGUUAAUGAUGACACCACAGAGGUUAUCCCAUCAGCCAUCUACAUGGCCCAGCUGUAUCAUCAGGUGACCAAGAUCAAGUGGGAGUAUGACGUGGAGCCUCACAUUUUGAAAGGAGUUCACUAUGGAGCAGACCUGGCCACACCUAUUAACAUAGACACCUCUACACGGUCUCCGUGUUCAGUUAGUGAUGAGCUGUGGCGCUUUGUCAGCACUGAAUGGUAAAAGGGGUCGAAGAACAGUUGUCAGACACUUAUAUUUCUUUUAUGUGUUUUUUGUAUUCAUGGUAUUAUGAAAUGUUGAUCAUUUGUUAGAUUAUUGGUGGGAUUUUCAUUUGUUUGUUCUAAGUAAUUAAGCAGUUUUCUUCAGUAUGACAUUCCUGAAAAUACUUAUUAGAUAGCAUUUGCCCUUCGCUUUCAUUUUUACCAUGUUGUGAAUUUUUAUAAAUGCUGUAUUUUCUGUACAUAGGGGUCACUGCGGACAUGAUCUUUGAUACAGUAUUAAAAUGACUAUUGAGAAGUUAGAAGCUACUCAUCAUUUUAAGGCAACUGUUGUCCAAUGUGGAGGCAUAUGCUAUUGUAAGGCAAAGCAUUCUGGAUGACAUUUUGAAAUGCAGAAAUAAGUCCGCAACUGUUGUUCAUAGUAAAUUAUAUUCAUGGGGUUUCAAUUGGGUAUUGUCUCAGUUUUUGGUAAAAAGAUAAUAAGAACUACUGAAGUAAUCAGUUGGUUACAGUUCUUUGUUGGCAACCCUUUGAUAUUAUCUAUAAACCUCUAUGAUCCUUAAAGCCAGAAAUAACUGUAUAGCUGAGUGCAGCAAUUAACAGGUUCCCCAGACGAGACCAUUAUCAUCAGUGGUAGACCAACUGAUACAGUUUUUAAAAAGUAUGUUUUAUUCAAAAACAUUUUUUUUGACAACAAUAAAAACCUGGCCAAAGCCAUUACAUUGCAAGAGGAAACGAAUACACCCAGAACUACAUCAUAUGUAAAUGUACAAAAUGUAGCUUUAUCUGAAAAUAUUUGGACACUGACACAAUUUUCAUAAUUUUGUCUCUGUACGC